AACGGAAAAACGUAAGAGUACAUGUUCUCCUACGGUAACUCUCCUUUGCUACACUCUUUCAUCAUAAUAUUAUUGCAAAUACGUGGAGCGUAUCCAUUACGUAACAGCUCGCAAGAGAGCUUUCAUUUCCCAUAGUAUUAACUUGCAACACGCGCUUGUAACAUACGUAGCAUCCCGCAUGGCAGUCAUGCGAAAAAAGGUGACGAUAAAAGAAGUGAUCUUCGUAAUAAAGUUAAGUCAGUUUCCAAUUUUGUGUUGGCCCAUGCCGCAUGAUACGACAAAGUUUAAAUUGAUGUGUGUGAAACUGUAUCACUGUUUAUGCAUAAUUAUAUCAAUAGCUCUACAGUUACCAUUAAUAUAUGGUAUCCAAAAACAUCUUGACGAGCCUGAGAUCUUAGUAAACCAAAUUGUUCUAUUAAGUAGCAUUACUCACUCAAUUUUUAACUUCAUCUUUCAUAUGGUUAAUUAUCGCCACGUACAGAAUGUUACUUACGAAAUGCUACAAUUUUGCAACGCGAUGAAACCACGCGAAGAAGUUAUAAUUCAACGAUACGUUGACAAAUGUCUCAUAUUCCAUAGUUUCUCUAUGGGUAAUAUUGUCUUUGUUACGUUCGCAACUGCCGCAAUAAUACCUUUUGUAACGGGUCAGACAUUUCCAGUAAUGGCCGAAUACCCAUUUGAUGUAUAUUAUCAACCGCUAAAAACAAUAAUCUAUAUACAUCACACUAUAGCAGGCUCAAUGAUAGGAGCACAAGUAUGUACGAAUAUUUUUAUGGCUCUGUUGCUCUGGUUUACAUCGGCAAGAUUUGAGAUACUGAUUGAAGAGAUGAAAGAAGCUACAAAUGUCUAUCAAUUGUACGAAUGUAUUAAAAAACAUCAACAUCUACUCAAUAAUGCAUUUAUUCAGUUACGCAAGGGAAGUUACAAUCGUUGCUCGUCCUUUCGCAUUAACAACUGUAAUUUGUAGCACCGUUAGUUUAAUAAUUUGCUUUCUUUUGUUUAUUAGU